AUGCUGACGGUGGCGACGCUGAGGUGUCAGGCGACCGCCGGUCACGAGAACGCGGAAGUGGACGGCAACUCGGAGGAUUCUGUUAUCGACGAUACGACCGAGGAUUAUUGGGCGGGCAGCGGAUCGGGACCCGACGAGGAUGAAUCCCCUCAUAACGAAACCAGAGAAGCGUUGACUCACGAGGCCAGCGACCACGAUGCUGUCGUGUACGUCGGCGAGGGUGGCACUUACGUGCCGGUACCGUCGUUGAAGAACCGGCCGUUGAGCCCGAAUCUCCAGGCUCUCCAGACUCUGCAGGGUUUGCAAGGACUCGGGACAGGCGGAGGCACAGGGGUGGCCGGCGACGAGGACUGGAGGAGACAUCCGGAGACUUGGGACCGCGAGCACCGGAGAUACCGGCCCAACACGACGCGGGUGCAGCAUAUCGAAGCGGAAUGCCAAGACGACUAUAUGAAAAUCAGGAUUGGAUUCAACGGAUCUUUCACCGGUCUCUUGUAUUCGGCAGGCUACUCGUACGACCCCGACUGUAUGUACGUGAACGGGACUGGCCGCGACUACUACGAAUUCUACAUUCAGCUAAAUCGAUGCGGCACCCUCGGCGAGAACACCCAUCAUCAGGACAGUAGGAAGAAUCCGACGAAGAACCUUAUGUGGAACACGGUCACGGUGCAGUACAACCCGCUGAUCGAGGAGGAGUUCGACGAGCACUUCAAGGUGACGUGCGAGUACGGCUACGACUUUUGGAAGACGGUGACAUUUCCAUUUCUCGACGUCGAGGUCGCCACGGGAAAUCCCGUAGUCUUCACCCUACAGCCUCCGGAGUGCUACAUGGAAAUCAGAUACGGUUACGGGACCACUGGAACUAGAGUGGCCGGACCAGUUCGCGUCGGCGAUCCUCUGACUCUCAUUAUCUACAUGCGCAGCAAAUACGACGGUUUCGACAUCGUCGUGAACGACUGUUACGCCCAUAACGGCGGCAACAAGAGGAUCCAGCUGAUCGAUCAGUACGGAUGUCCGGUCGACGACAAACUGAUCAGCCGGUUUCGCGGCUCCUGGUCGGAGAGCGGCCUCUUCGAGACUCAGGUGUUCGCUUACAUGAAGACCUUCAGGUUCACGGGCUCGCCGGCUCUGUACAUCGAGUGCGACGUCCGCAUGUGCCACGGGAGAUGUCCGAGCCAACCCUGCCACUGGAGAAACGCGAAGAACGUGGCGAAGCGAUCGGUGCCGGAAAUGAUCGGCGGACCGUCGACGCCGGCAACCAGUUUGUCGGAGAACGUGAAUCUCUUCCAGUCUCUGCGCGUUCUUCAGGAAGGCGAGGCGGACACGGAACUGUUCCAGAAUUCCACCAGCUCCUCGCGCGCCGGACUCAGCGAACCGACGACCGAUCGAGUGUGCCUGAGAUCGUCCGUCGCCAGUACGAUAGUGGGCCUCGGCUGCGGCUUCUUCUGCAUCAUGGCCGGCACGAUACUGGCGAUGUGCUCGCGAAUGCGGCGGCAGGCGCGCGAGAAGUUACUGUCGGACAGCAUAAGUUACAUGACGCACAAGGGUCGGAUUAAUUAG